GCCUCGGAUGAGGUUCCGGGUGACGCCUUUCUAUGAUGGGGAAGGUGUCUACUAUGCCCGGUGGGUACCGCAGACGACGUUGGACUUGGGAUUUUUGGCGAGGGACUCCAAUCCCGUGGAGGACGGCAGACGUCUGGUUGUGAGGGCGAGGUGUACCAGCCUCCAAUUUCUGUGAUGGAGGUGUCCCCCAACGAGUCGCGUCGAAGUCUUCGACCUUUGCCGCAUCGCAGAGAAGAUCGUGGUCAUGUUUUGGGGUACAACCUACCCGAGUGUCGAGUUGUGUUAGCUCGCCUUCCUGAACUAGGCUCAGGGAGUGGCAGGGCUUCUGGAAUCGAAGUCAUAGAUUUAACGUGCUCAGGUGAGGUGCUAUUGUUGUCAUAUGGUUUGCUCAGUUAAGGCUGAUUAUGUUGUUGUUGCUUGCUUCUAUGCUUCUUGUUAGAUGAUGACGCCGCAGCAGUUGGCACGGUGGUAAGUAGUUAUCGUUGAGAUGUCUGUGGAUUGGUCUGUUUUUAUUGAUUUUUUUUUGUUGUUUGUUUGUGUUUUAUUAUUAUUUAUGUCGUUUUUUGUUUGGGGGGUGGUUGUGUUUGUGUUGGUUUAUUUUUUGUUCUUUCUUGCGAGUGGAGAAGUAAUGGUGACAUGUGUGUUUAGGAGGUGGGCCACAGAACUGAAAUGCAGCCGGGUAGUAGUGGUGGAAGAGGGACAACAUGCGGCAGGAAUUAUCAAGUCCAAUAUUCGGGACCGGUGUCUUCGGAGGAGGAGGAGGACUUGGAGGCGUUGUUUGUUAAGGUGAAAUGUGUCCGGAAGGAGAAGAAGUCUUCCACUGGUGCAGGUGAGACCGAGAGGAGCGCCAACCAGGCCGGUGGGAGCGGGAGGGUGAUGGCGGGAGGAAAAACGAGGAUAAAGGCCAGGUCGAAAAAUUGGUUUCGGAGGAGGUGUCCAUGUGGCCAUGUCUUCAUCGCGAGGGACCGAUGGAGGUAUCAUCUGAAGAACUGCAAUGGGGAUUCUUGCAAUAUAGGAAGAUGUCAUCUGAUAGGAUGCCAAGGAAAUCCUAAUCCAGAAGUAGAUUAUCGUCGUCGUAGAUAAGUUUUUGUUGUGUCCAAUAAUGUGCACUAUUUCCAAUAAUUUGUAACUGUGGUUAAUUGUUUGCUGUCUAAAUAAAUUUGACAAAAGUUCCAAUAUCUCCGAUAAUUUG